GCCAUGGCAAAGAAUGGACUUGUAAUUUACAUCCUGGUUAUCACCUUACUCCUGGACCAGACCACCAGCCACACGUCCAAAUUUAAAGCCAAGAAGCACAGUAAACGCCGAGUGAAAGAAAAGGAUGGAGACCUGAAGACUCAAGUUGAAAAGCUCUGGAGAGAAGUCAAUGCCCUGAAGGAAAUGCAAGCCCUACAGACAGUCUGUCUCCGAGGCACAAAAGUUCACAGGAAAUGCUACCUUGCUUCAGAAGGCUUGAAGCAUUUCCAUGAAGCCAAUGAAGACUGCAUCUCCAAGGGAGGAACCUUGGUUAUCCCCAGAAACUCCGACGAAAUCAAUGCCCUCCGAGACUACGGUAAAAGAAGCCUGCCAGGUGUCAACGACUUUUGGUUGGGCAUCAAUGACAUGGUCACAGAGGGAAAGUUUGUUGAUGUCCAUGGAGUCACCAUCUCCUUCCUCAACUGGGACCGUGCACAGCCCAAUGGUGGUAAGCGAGAAAACUGUGCCCUGUUCUCCCAGUCAGCUCAGGGCAAAUGGAGUGAUGAGGUCUGUCGUAGUAGCAAGAGGUACAUAUGCGAAUUUAUUAUCCCUUAA